AUGAGGUGGCGGGUUUGGCUGGGUAACAUAAUGGAAAUGUAUCGGACUGCAAAUCCUGGAAUGACGGUUCGACCCCGUCCUUGGCCUCGGGGAGUGGCGAGCAGCACAAAACUUUCAUUAAUCAAAUGGCAUAAAGAAAAGGGGGGCUUUCCUUUGUCAGAAAUCCAGAGACAACAUUCUGGAACAUCCAAACCAAAGAAAUGCAACAUGAGAAGUUUUACGUUACGCUUCAAUAGAAUGAAUUCGGUAAGGGUAGAAUACGCCCCAUGGUCGAUCGAAGGUCCUGUGCCACUUGAACUCAAAUCUAUCUUACCUUCCAUCCAUCUUUAUCCAGCCAGCCUGCUCAUAAAUGUUAGACCAACCAAUCUCAGGGCUGACACAACCGAAUUGGUUGAGAAAAAAGAAACCCCAGCGACCAAGCACUCCCGCCUCCAAAAGCGGAGACAGAACAACCGCCAGGUUGUUGAAGACACGUCUAAAGAGGAGGCGGGCGCCCUCUAA